CUCCCAGCCUACCCAUCUACCUACCUACAGAUUCUAGCAAACCCAUCGCGCGGGCCUGAAAGAAGCCGUCGUUCGGCUUCCAGCAUCCCCAGCCAUGGCGAUAACCAUAGACGACUCAAUGUCGGCCCGCAUCUCCCCCGACUGCCCCGACGACACCAAACAGCUCCUCUACCACGCCUGGGCCCACGACACCUCCGACCUCAAAAGACUCCUCGACGUGCCGGGGAAAGCGAGCGCACGCGACCCGACCACGGGAGAAACGCCCCUCCACGCUGCCAUCCGCGCCUGCGGACCCGCGCCGCGGCAAUCCGACGAUACCGAUGCUGCCGACGCCGAGGCCGACGACUCCGUCACCCAGGAAGCAGCCGAGACCGUCCACGAGCUCUUUCUCUCCGGCGCCAUCUGGAACGACGUCGACUCCAACGACGAGACCCCCGGCUGCGUCGCCUGGCGUCUAGGCCGGAAAGACCUCUACCGACUCUGCCUCGAGGCCGGCGUGCGCGCCGAGCUGCUCUUCGGCCUGUUCGACGGCUACGAGGAGUUGUCGUCCGGCUCGUCCGCCGAGGAGAACGAGGACGACGUGGAGAUUAUCAACGUCGAAGAUGCGGCGCCGGCCGAAGGGGAGAAUGGUGUAGCAGUCGGUGGAAAAGAGGAGGGGGAGACGGAGCAUGACAACAACAACAACAACAACAACAACAACCCCAAUAAAGCGCCAGCAGCAACCCCCCCGGCCGAGACGCAGGACGUCAACUCGGAGCAAUACCUCGCCUCCCACCUCACCUACGACCCCACCAAGCUAGUCGACGACCAAGGCAACGGCGUCAUGAUGGUUUGGGAAACCUCCAUCAUGCGCCGCUCCGUCGACACCCUCCUCCGCAAAACAUCUUCUUCCCCGGAGAUCAACAGCGCCGCGGCCACCCCGACGCCGACCCCGACCCCGACCCCGACCCCGCUCGCCGAGGGGAAACGCAUCCUCAACAUCGGUUUCGGCAUGGGUAUCGUCGACCGCAUGUUCGCCGCCACCACCCCCGCCCGCCACCACAUCAUCGAGGCCCACCCCGCCGUCCUCGCCCACAUCGACGCCGGCAACACCGCCUUCGGCCCCGCCUGGGAGGCGUCCGGUCCCGAAGACGGCGCCUACAAGGUCCACCGCGGCCGCUGGCAGGACGUCGUCCCCCGCCUCCUCCAGGCCGGCGAGCUGUACGACGCCAUCUACUUCGACACCUUCGGCGAGGACUACGCCCAGCUCAAGCUGUUCUUCUCCGACUACGUCCCCGCCUUGUUGGACCACGACGGCCGGUUUGGCUUCUUUAACGGGCUGGGCGCCGACCGGAGGAUAUGCUACGAUGUCUAUACCAAGGUGGUCGAGAUGCACAUGGUCGACGUGGGCUUGGACGUGGAGUGGGAGGAGAUCCAUGUCGAUCUGCAGGGUCUGGAAGAGGCGGGCAAGGGCGAAUGGGAGGGCGUGCGGAGGAGGUACUGGACCUUGGACAAGUACCGCUUACCGAUAUGCACCUUUAUGGGCGGAGAUAUCUGCUGA